GGCCGGCGUCGGGCGAAGGCUUUUGGGAACCCAGGGUGGCUGCGGCGGCGCACCCCAUCUCUUCCUUCCCCUUUCCGGGGCCGGAGUUAUCGGGAACCUGCCGCUGCUCCCAGCCAGGCGGCAUCCCUCUCCAUCCUUCCCUCCCCCCCGCCUGCCGCGGCACCGGUAUCUGCAGUCGCAGCCCGGAGCCGGUGAGGCGGCGAAGGGGGGAGGGGAAGGAAGAGAGGGAUGAGAGCCGGGAGGGCGUCGGGGGCCCUGAGCCGGACUAGGACGCCCCUGGAGCCGGAACCCGAGCAGGAGCCGGAGCCGGAGCCAGAACCAAACCACCGCUGCAGCCCCCAAACCCCGGGAGGCGCCCUGGCCCGCGCUCGCCCCCCAGGGCCUCAUGGCGGAACCACAGCCUGACUUGGAGCCACCCCAACAUGGACUGUACAUGCUCUUCCUGCUUGUGCUGGUCUUCUUCCUCAUGGGCCUCGUGGGCUUCAUGAUCUGCCACGUGCUCAAGAAGAAGGGUUACCGCUGCCGCACAUCCAGGGGCUCGGAGCCUGAUGACACCCAGCUCCAGCCCCCUGACGACGAUGACAUGAAUGAGGACACAGUAGAGAGGAUUGUUCGCUGUAUCAUCCAAAAUGAAGCCAAUGCUGAGGCCUUGAAGGAGAUGCUGGGGGACAGUGAAGGAGAAGGGACAGUGCAGCUGUCCAGCGUGGAUGCCACUUCCAGCCUGCAGGAUGGAGCCCCCUCCCAUCAUCACACAGUGCACCUGGGCUCUGCAGCCCCUUGCAUCCACUGCAGCCGCAACAAGAGGCCCCCACUUGUCCGUCAGGGACGCUCCAAGGAAGGAAAGAGCCGUGCCCGGCCUGGGGAGACCACCGUUUUCUCUGUGGGCAGGUUCCGGGUGACACACAUUGAGAGGCGCUAUGGACUGCAUGAGCAUCAUGAUGGCUCCCCCACAGACAGGAGCUUGGGGUCUGGUGGGGGGCAGGACCCAGGGGGCAGCCAAGGGUCUGGGGAAGGGCAGUCCAGGGCAGGGAUGCCAGCCAUUGAAAGCCUGCCCCCUGAGAGGCCACAGCCCCAGGCCCUUGCCAGCCCCGCAGUGCAGAAUGGACUCAGGGACAGCACCCUAGUCCCUUGUGCACUUGGAGGGAACCCUGGAGCCUCUGCAGAGUCACCGCUGGCGGCUGGAGGGAGGGGCCCAAGCCCAGGGCUGGCCAGUCAAGAGGCCAAUGGGCAGCCAAACAAACCGGACACAUCAGAUCACCAGGUGUCUCCAGCACGGGGAGCAAAAGGUGUGUGAGCCUCCUCCUUCAUUGCCGAAGAACUACCAGUUGCAGAGCCAGGGGCUGGGUGGCCAUGAAGCCCCUCCUUUCCACUGGACAGCACUGCCCCCAGCUGAGGGACCGGUCCUAAUCCGUCUCAGCCUGGAGGACAUUGGGAGAAGGCACCCCCACCCCCACUCCCAUCCCUGGCCCUCAGUCCCCUUUCCUUGCCUGCCAACAGGCUGCCUGACCCACGUUCCCCAUCACCUCGCUCCAUAUGCUAGAGUGUGGCAACUGGGAUCAGGCCCCCUAAAGCAAUAGCACCUUAGGCCCCCUGCCCUUUAUUCACUGUCAAUAAAUCUGCUCAGACCA